GCCAGAGCAGACCCAUACCAUAAAAAAGAACAAGUAUCCAGGCCAUGGAAUUAAAAAAAAAGAAAACGUGACGUUUGACGUUUUGAUGAAGAGUAAGUCACGCUACAAAGAGUGAAAAUGUUGUCUAUAAAAAGAUUAAGGACACUAUCUGCAUCAAAAAUUAAAUCAAAGACACUCUUUGAUUUGAGAAACAAUGUAAAUGAGAAGCAAAUAAAUAAACAGUGUUACACAAGUUUAGUUAAUUUCUGUAAAUCUAUAUCAGUUUUACAUAAUCUGACAAACAAGUCAAAACAUCCAACACUGUGCCAGUUUAACGCAGAAUACAAAGCAGCCUGUGCAUUGCUGCAGCGGUCCAACCUCCCUGGUCCAACCUCGAUGUGGAACAAUAUAGGAGUCAGAGGACUGCAUACUACACCAACAAACUAUGAGAAAGAUCCCAAUGACAAGGAUAAAAAGAAGAAGGAGGAUGAAAACAUGCAACCGCUUUUCGUAAAGACUAUGUUUUGGUUGUUUACAAGCUGUUUUCUUAUAGUGCUUAGCUCAUUUCUCGUACCAAGUGACAAUGCACAAAGUGAGCUGAUUCGAUAUGUAUCUUGGAACGAAUUUGUUUACACUAUGCUGUCUAAAGGAGAAGUUGAAGAACUUAUAGUCAGGCCGGAUGUAGAGGUGGUGACUAUCAUUUUACACGAAGGUGCAAUUAUUAAAGGGAAAAAGGCAAACUUCAGAAUUUAUCACAUGAAUGUUGGUGAUAUUCAUCGAUUUGAAGAGAAGCUUCGUGCAACUGAGAAAAAUUUGGGUGUUAAAGAAGGAGUUCGUGUAAUAUAUGAUAGAAAUGGCAGUGUAGCAGGGAAAUUAAUUACAACUCUUUUGAUAGCUGCCAUUAUACUCUCUUUCUUGUACUCUACGAAGAGUUUAAAAAUGAAUAUUAACCUCGGAGGUUUUAAUCAAUUAAGUCGUGCUAAGUUUACACUAGUAGACUCGAUGACUGGACAAGGUAAAGGUGUUAAAUUCGAAGAUGUUGCUGGACUAAAAGAGGCCAAGAUUGAAGUAAUGGAGUUUGUGGACUACUUGAAACGGCCUGACCGUUAUAAAAGUUUAGGUGCUAAGGUGCCCAAAGGAGCAUUGUUGUUAGGGCCUCCGGGCUGUGGCAAAACUCUGUUAGCUAAGGCAGUGGCAUCUGAAGCCAAUGUUCCUUUCCUUUCUAUGAAUGGUUCCGAGUUUAUUGAAAUGAUUGGUGGUCUUGGAGCUGCCAGAGUCAGAGACUUGUUCAAAGAAGCAAGUUCUAGAGCUCCAUGCAUCGUUUACAUCGACGAAAUGGACGCCGUGGGUCGUGCUAGGUCAACGGGACCCACCUCAUUUGGCCCUGGUGGGGGAGAGGGAGAGCAGACCUUGAAUCAGCUCCUUGUAGAAAUGGACGGCAUGAAGAGCAGAGAUGGUGUUGUGGUGCUGGCUUCUACCAAUAGAGCCGAUGUACUAGACAAGGCACUUCUUAGACCAGGUCGAUUUGACCGUCACAUACUUAUCGACUUACCCACUUUGCAAGAGAGAGAAGAAAUAUUUCAGAGGCAUUUAAAUAACAUAGUGCUAGAGGAACUUCCACCUUUCUAUGUGAAGAGAUUAGCAUAUUUGACGCCAGGGUUCAGUGGUGCUGAUAUAGCUAACGUCUGCAAUGAGGCAGCUCUGCACGCGGCGAGGCACAAACAAAAUAAAGUCAAAGCAGCCGACCUUGAUUACGCUAUCGAAAGGGUUGUUGGUGGUACGGAGAAGCGCAGCCAUGCAAUGUCGCCAGUUGAGAAAAAGAUAGUUGCUUACCACGAGUCGGGGCAUGCGCUAGUGGGCUGGUUGUUGGAACACACCGAUGCCUUGCUGAAGGUCACUAUAGUGCCACGAACUAACAUGGCGUUGGGAUUCGCUCAAUACACUACGUCGGAUCAAAAACUUUACUCCAAAGAAGAACUUUUUGACCGGAUGUGUAUGGCUCUCGGCGGGCGAGCAGCAGAGGCUAUAACAUUUAACUCUAUCACAAGCGGAGCGCAAAACGAUCUAGAAAAAGUAACGAAAAUUGCUUAUGCCCAGGUGAGGAUUUACGGCAUGUCUCCGACUGUGGGCUUGGUCUCCUUCCCGGACUUGAAGGAUCGUGGAAAGAGUCCCUUUAGUAAAACUCUUAAAAACCUCAUAGACCUCGAAGCGAGAAAACUCAUUGCGCAAGCGUACUACAGGACAGAAGAGCUCUUACGGUCGAAUCAGGAGUUAUUAAAAUCGCUUUCAGAGGAGCUACUGAAAAAAGAAACUCUUAACUUCGAACAAGUACAGGCAAUUUUGGGUCCCCCGCCGUUCCCGAAAAAGAAAUACAUAGAUCCGGUUGAGUUUGAAAAUAGUCUUAAAAACUUGGAAACAGCCGCCACGGCUGAGGAGACCGCCUCCAUCGGCGCAGCUUCAGCGAAACCGCCGCCCGAAGCAGGCCUGUAGUUAUCUAUUUAUUUAACCUUAUAAAGGUGAUUACAAAUUGGAGCAUUUUUAAUUUUGAUGUAAUGAAAUUAUUAAUAUAUUCGAGUCCCUGCAACAAGAGACUGGUAACAUUCGCUGAGCAGAUUUGAAAUAGGGCCUUUAGCAGCAUGUUCAAAUAUACAAAACAUGUAAUACUUUUUAUGGCGAAAAUACCAUUCUCUACUAGAACUUCCGUCUCUAGUAUCUAAAACUGCGUUUGCAACUAAACUUAAUGUGCUUGAAAUCAAAUAGUAAACACAUUAUGCUAUGCUACAGUUUGUAUGCACUUUUAUAAUAUUUUGUAAAGUACGUAUAUUAUGUGUAAAUCCAUAAGAUUAUUAACUAGUCGCAAUCUAAUAAAUACUUAAUCAUGAUUAUA